ACUUCAACCGAAACGGACGUAUUGAUCUCGGAUUUUCCUUCUGGCGCGGAACCAAGGAUAGGUGUCAAAUUCUCGAUUGAUUGCCAGUGAUUCGUUUGCUUUGAGCGACGCGUAAACAAAGUGACAUGAUGAGGCCCCAAUUAGCGGCCAUGGCCAUUGUCAUGGUGCUGGCUGUGAUCUGCGGUUUCGGCACUGGUUCCGUGCUGGAAGUACCCGGAGUCACACAGGCACCACCACUCCCACCUCGUAACCUGCGAAGCAACCAAACGCGGUCGCGCAUGCCCAACAACUUCCGAAGCAUUGCGACCCCCACAAGUGCUCCCAGAUGUGACUACAAGGAGCUGAUGACCAAUCUGCACGAUCGCGUUGGCAUCUUGGUGACCUUGGACGAGGACCAGCGCCACCGCCUGGAAGUCAUCGAUAAGAAAUUGGAUCAGCUGGUGGAAAGCAGUUCGGCCCGCAUGGAAUCGAUGAAGGCCCAGCAACUGGACUUCCUGCAGCGACUGGACAGUUUUGAGCACAUCCAGCGGCUUUCGAGGAACACUCUAGACGAGCUUAAAGGUGAAACCGAUCAGGUUUUCGGUCCCCGGAAUGUCAGGGAGCUAAAACACAAGCUAAGAAAUCGCAAAAAGAUGAAGGAUAUCUCGCGCACUGUUCGUGACGUUUCGCAGGAACAGUAUCCCAGCUCGGGAGUAGGUACAUUUAAUGAAUCCAACUUGAAUUUAUCAAGUCGCCUGGAUGCCUUGGCCACUCUUUUGGCUUCUACUGCUCUCAGUGUCAGAUCUGUGCAGGUUGAAGUGGCCAAUCUUUCGCGGGCCAUUAGGCGCCAAAGCCGUUUGAUCCAGGGUAAAGGAUUUAGGUCGACACCAAGUCAGCAGCCAAUCUUCUAUGGCCCAACUGGAUUGAAUGGACCAACAGCUACACGGCAGUUGCCUAGUAGUUGCUCCUAUUCCUUCCUUGCUAACCACGGAAUUCUGAAAGUCCAGCUCACACCCGAAUCGGAAUCAUUCUACGUAUCCUGCGAUGAGGAUUGGACUGUUAUUUUGAGCCGCACCUCCGAUGAUGUGAACUUCGAACGCGGCUGGCUGGAUUAUCGCGAUGGCUUUGGCAAUUUGGCUGGGGACUUCUUUAUUGGUCUCAACAAACUGCAUGCCCUCACUUCAUCGGCCUUGCACGAACUGCGGAUUGUGAUGGAGGACUUCUCGGGCAACGUGGCGUAUGCGGGAUAUUCGUUGUUUGCCAUUGGCAGCGAAAAGGAACUAUAUCCACUCGUCUUGCUGGGCAAAUUCCAGGAUAGUUUGACUCCUUCAGCUGGAGAUUCAUUGUCGUAUCAUGCCGGAGCUAAGUUUAGCACUGUGGAUCAGGAUAAUGACAACUGCCUGGAGUGCAAUUGCGCUCUGAGGCACAAGGGAGCUGGCUGGUUUAACAACUGCGCAAAGAGCAACUUAUUCGGCGAAUAUACCACCCAGAACCAAGCUGGAGAAACUGGGAUCUGGUGGGACACCUUUUCAGGGCAGAAUUCGCUGAAACGGGUUCGUUGGAUGAUUCGUCCCAUUUCCGAGGGAACAGAUGAUGCCAGGCGAUAGGAUAUCUAGAAGAACAUCUAUCCAUAUCCAACUGCCAUCUCCGAAAUCAGGGAUAACCCACAAUCGAUUGCUUGCAUUUUAACCCUAGCUUUAGCUUUGAAUCUCUCUGUGCGUGUGUGUGUAAUAUUUAUGGAAAAUUACUUAAUACCUAGAUAAUACAGUAAAUUUACGAGUA